CACAAACAAAAUUCAUCAUGCCCAAGAACAAAUCAAACUAAAUACCUCUCAAUUGGGUGAGUAUUAGAUGAAAUGGAAGCCCCGUUAAGAAAGGCAGAGCCUAAUUGAGUGAGGUUUUGCCUAUGAAAUGUAGCUUUAUGCAGAUGAGUUUUGGGGAAGAGUUGGAGGACCUCACUUGGGAUUGGCUAAGGCAGAUAGUCGGCAAUGAAGUGAUGGCAGCGUUCGUGGAGGACCUCUAGCACGUGAGUCUGGAUAGCUUUUCCUUUCUCUAAGUCACGUGUGACUCACGUGAUUGGCAUGCGAGUGGCUGCACAGCCACUUCAGCACAGAAGGUCUCCUCAACUCAAUCGCCCAAAAUUUUCAACCCUCAGAACCUCUCUCCGGUACAAUCACGUUAGGCUUUGGUGGAUUUCGGGCUUUGUCUUUUGUUUUGGGCCGUCUCUGGGUUUUGUCUUUGGACCUUUUGUUGGUUCAUAUCUUCUGUUUUGGAUGAGCCCAAUACAUGUAAAAUUGUGAAAUUGAACUGUACUCUUUUUUGACAUGGGAAAAGCAAACUGAAACAAGAAGAAAAUAUUUAAAAAACGAGAGGAAAUAGAAAGAAGACGAGGGAAGACUUUCCAAAACAAGAGAAAAGAAAAAAAAAAACCCCAAGACUAAGUUAUAUAGGACCAAAACACAAUGAUCAGAUGCGUGGGAUAAACAAACGCUCAUUCUCAGACCUCAAAUUUCCUAUAUCGCAGCUUGUUGAGGGAGUCAGUUAACGAGUGAAAAUUUUCCUGUGACUAGCAAUGGAUCAGAUGGAUGAAUCCCUGAAGAAACAAAUUGCAGCAUUGUUGAGAAUUAUACAUGUGACAAGAUGCUCCAAAGAGGACAAUGUUCCAUGCCAAAUUGAAGAGGGUCUCUUCUUGGGUUCUAUUGGAGCUGCUAAUAACAAGGAGGAACUAAAAAACUUAAACAUCACACACAUUUUGACUGUGGCUAAUUCAUUUGAACCUUCAUAUCCAAAUGAUUUUGUGUAUAAGAUUAUAAAUGUUGCGGACAGAGUAUCAACAGAUUUAAAGCAACACUUUGAUGAGUGUAUUGAUUAUAUUGAUGAAGCUAAAAGAUCUGGUGGUGGUGUGUUGGUUCAUUGCUUUGUGGGAAGAUCCAGAAGUGUGACUAUUGUUGUUGCAUAUCUGAUGAAAAAGCAUGGCAUGAACCUAUCUCAAGCUCUUGAGCAUGUGAAGAGCAGACGACCUCAGGCAGCUCCAAAUUCUGGUUUCAUAUCACAACUGCAGAGCUUUGAAAGGUCUCUUCAUGAUGAAGAGAACAAGACAACCUAAUGUACAUAGGUGGACUGCGUUGAAGAUCCUUGCUCUGGACUGCGUUGAAGAACCUCGUUAUAAUAUAUAUAUAUAUAUAUAUAUAUAUAUAUAUUUAUAUAUAUAUGUUACCCAAGUUAGAUAGAAAUUUGGUGGUAUAGAACUUUCACACUUGUUACAAAAGAAAAGGAUGCGCCCUGAUGCUGGCAACCAAAAUUUAAAGUUGAUUGUGAGAAUGUUUCGGUUGUAGUUCUGUAUAAAGCUUUUUCCAUGUGUUCAAUGAAGCAAGAAGGGUGUAAUCCUAAUUGCAUUGAAGCUUUUUAUGUAGAGUUUGCCAUAAACUUAUGAAACAGUGUGUAAAUCUUUGUGGUAUAGAAAAGCAGAUUGGUUGCGAUGUUUUGAGGCA